ACAGCAAAAAAAAACCUCCAAACACUUUUGAACCAACCAACCAAACGGACAAAACCACUAACAAAGAUGAGGAUCUUGCUCUGCAAUUCCUCGUCUUCACUCCUCCUAUCAUCACCAUCUCCACCAACACCAACCCAUAAAUCCCCAAUUAUCCUCACUACCACCAACAAUUGGGCAAAGAAAACCUUGCUUGGAGCCUUCACCGGAGCUCUCUCUUUGAACCUUUUACUAUCUUCUCCAUUUUCAGUUGCAUCUGAAUCUCCGUCUUUACAACCACAAUCGCCUUCUUAUCCUUCUAAUUCUUUGACGGAGCAAUGCCGAGAAGAAGAGAAUAGGGAAGAGAUUACCGGACCUCAAUCGGUGACCAAUGACGGAAUUGUGGAGGAAGCUUGGCAGAUAGUCAAUGACAGCUUUCUCGAUGCUGGCCGCCAUAGCUGGACUCCUGAAUCUUGGCAGCAAAAAAGGGAAGAUAUUUUAAGCACUUCCAUUAAGAGUAGAUCGAAGGCUCAUGAUAUAAUUAGGAGGAUGCUAGCCAGCUUGGGUGACCCUUAUACACGCUUUAUUUCACCUGCUGAGUUCUCGAAGAUGGCAAGGUAUGACAUUACAGGUAUUGGGAUAAACCUUAGGGAAGUUCCAGAUGAGAGUGGAGGAGUGAAACUGAUGGUGCUAGGGCUCCUACUGGAUGGGCCCGCACAUACUGCUGGUGUAAGACAGGGGGAUGAAGUCUUAGCCGUUAAUGGAGAGGAUGUCAGUGGGAAAUCAGCAUUUGAAGUAUCAUCUUUGUUGCAAGGCCCACAUGAAACAUUUGUGACUAUUAAGGUGAAGCAUGGCAAUUGUGGGCCUAUUCAAUCUAUAGAAGUUCAGAGACAACUCAUUGCUCGCACACCAGUUUUUUACCGCUUGGAGCAAGUAGACAACGGCACUACUUCUGUUGGGUAUAUUCACCUUAAAGAGUUCAAUGCAUUAGCCAGAAAAGAUUUGGUAAUUGCAAUGAAACGACUUCAAGACAUGGGUGCCUCCUAUUUUGUUCUGGAUCUUAGAGAUAAUCUUGGUGGACUAGUGCAGGCUGGAAUUGAAAUUUCCAAGCUCUUUUUGAAUAAAGGGAACACGGUGAUUUAUACUGUUGGAAGGGAUCCUCAAUAUCAAAACACCAUAGUUGCUGAUGGUCAACCGUUGGUUACAUCUCCUGUUAUUGUUUUGGUGAACAAAAAAACUGCUAGUGCGAGUGAAAUUGUUGCCUCUGCACUUCAUGAUAACUGUAAAGCGGUACUUGUGGGGGAAAGAACUUAUGGCAAGGGUUUGAUUCAAUCUGUCUUUGAGCUUCCUGAUGGAUCUGGAGUGGUUGUGACUGUUGGGAAGUAUGUCACGCCGAAUCACAUGGACAUAAAUGGCAAUGGAAUAGAGCCUGAUUAUCAAAAUUUUCCAGCUUGGGCUGAUGUUACACGACAUCUCUCACAAUGCAAUAUGAAUCAACAAGGACAAAAGUCGCAAGGAUAAAGCUUCUUAUCUCUGUCUUAAAUAUUUAUGCAUAUUGAAGCAAAGCCAUGAUAUAAUCAGCUGCAGCACAAUUACUGUUGUGCUUGUAAAGAUAACAUACAAGUUGGAGGCGAGAAGCAUCUAAUUCAUGUGAACGGAAAAGCAUAUGAUGACUGUAGGCAUCUACUUCUUCUGCAUACUUUCCAACGGAGCUAACUUGCUUCACAACGAGAUUGGAAUAGUUUUACAAUUUGAAGUUGCACUUAACAAUGGAAAAUUUGUCUUCAGAAGAUGCAAAAAAUGAGUGACUAGGAGCAGUUGAAUCAGCUCUACCAUUUAUGAUGUUAGAGAACAAAUGAGUUUUUCAUUUCUUUCCUUGGCUUGCAAAUGUGAUUAGAAAUGGAAUUCUUCACUUUCUUAGAACCUGUGAUAGGUUAGGAUUUCACCAAAACGUCUUCAUUUGAAAAUGGAAAAGCGCAUGUGAGUCCUCUUUGUUU